AAGAGCGUAAUGUGUUGCGGUUUGGUAAAAAAGUUACCAGUUUUUGUCUUGAAUUGCAUGCAGCCAUGGCUUCAGCAAAGCCAUAUAUUGGCUGUAAAAUUGGGCUGAUUUCCAAAGCCCAGAACCGAUAUGAGGGGAUUUUGUAUACGAUUGAUAAAAUCAACUCCACAGUUGUGCUGGCAAACGUGAAGUGUUUUGGAACAGAGGGACGACCCACUGACAGGCCAACGCCGUCCAAGGAUGAUGUCUACGAGUACAUAACUUUCCGAGGAAGUGAUAUCAAGGAUAUCACAUUGUGUGAAACUUCGAGAUCUCACGGCCUGCCCCCAGAUCCUGCAAUAAUACAAUCAUCCAGCGCAAACACCUCAAGUGUCUAUCCGGGUCUUGGACGGUUCAGCCCUCUUAGGAUCCCAGCCUACAAUCAGCUUGCAGCUGGCUCCCUUCUUAACCAACAGUAUGCUGCUGCAGCUCUUGGUCUUGGCUCUGUGCUUCCAGACCUGCACGUCAGGCGAGGCCCUAUGGUGGAAAAGGCCGUCCAAACUUUCCAAGUGGAAAGAACGGGGCAGAGGAGAGGUCCGACCGUACAGGAGCAGCAGUGGAGCGGCAGCAGCAGGAGACUCCAGAGGCCCAGGAGUGACAUCUCCUCAACUCCAAGGGAUGCUGGAGUCACCAAACCUUCAGGCCCAGGUUUGAGCACUAAUCAGCUGGAACCACUGCAGCAGAAUACUGAGAAUGAGCCGCCACACAGGAGAAGACAAGGAACACGGAGACGCAGGAUCCGGGGUAGAGGCCAGCCAAAUAUGCCUAAAGUUCCAUCUCCAAUCCUGAAGUUUGACUCUGAUUUCGAUUUUGUUUCAUCAAACGCACAGUUUAUGAAGGAGGAGCUUGAGAGAGAGUUGCAGGGGGAAAUGAACCCAACAGAUGAAAAUGAUGAGGUGGAUAAAUCAAAGAAGUUGCACGCAGCUUCAGAGAAUGAUGAUUCGGGACCAAAAUGCUACUACAACAAAGCAAAGUCUUUCUUUGACAACAUCUCCUCUGAGGGUCUCAGUUUCAGGUUGACCUGGGCAGAGGAGCGAAAGAGAAAUCUGGAGACUUUUGGGGUCACGGGCCGGUUCUUUAAAGGUCCAGGCUACAGGGGUCGAUAUGGUGGUCAAAGAGGACGAGGUGCCAUUCAGACUCUUUCCCACAGAACCCUGAAUGAGUAACUGUAAAAGUUUGGAAGAGUUUAAUUAAAGGCAAAUAAUUUAGAUGAGAUUGUAAAAGGUCCCUUUAACUUUAUUUUGGAUGAAUUUCUUAUUUUGGAUUACUUGUUUUGAAUUUGAAACUUUUUAUCUUUUUUUCUUAAGAAAAAGAUUAUUUCGGUCUCCAGUUUUGCUGCAUUAGUUGUUUUUUUUUUUUUCUGAGAUGUAUUUAUUUGUAGAAACUGAUUUAACCUUAAAGUCUUGGUUUGUACUUGAUUUAGAAAUGUAAAUUUGGGGCAAAUGAACUAAAACCUGUAUUUAAACCUAUUGGAUUGUCGUUUUGUUUGUUCCCCCCCCCCCCACCCCAUCCUGACAAGAGGUUUACAUCUUUCUGCUACACUCAAUGGUUGCAGCAGCAAGAUGUAAACUAAAUGGGCCUUACUGUCAGUUUAUAAACUGGGAUUUAAACACCCACUAGACCUAGAAUCUGCUUCCUUGCGAUAUUGUGCAAUCCAGUCUUGAAUUUUAGCUUACAUGACUGCUGUCUUUUUAUUAAUACUUUUAUAGUGAUCUUUAUAUGUGGCAUUGUACACUCGUUACAAAUCAGGAAGUGGUAAUGGAUUUUAGUAACUUUAUCAUGAAAGGGGAGCAUGACAAAUAAAAAAUAAUAAUAAAAAAAACUUAA